AUGUCUUCAGAUGAAAGUAAUUUGAUCGAAAUGGUAGAGAGAUUCCCACAUAUAUGGGACAAAAAAAAUGCCCGUCACAGUGACAAAGUAGCGGUUGAAAAUGCUUGGGAAACAAUUGCAAAAAUUAUGAAUUUUUCUGUUGAAGAAUGCAUGGAGACAUGGAAAUCUUUACGGCUGAAAUAUGUCCGGGAAAGAAGAAAUGUGAAGUGCGUACCAUCAGGUUCAGGGGCAUAUUCAUGUACCUGGCCCCUCUUUGGGAAAAUGGGGUUUUUAGACAGGACCAUCAUCUCCAGAAGAACUAAGGGCAAUAUCAGCCGAAAAAAUUAUGAGAAUGAGCCAUCCGAAGUAUGGGAUACCAUGUCGGAAAUGCUCAGCCAAGACCAGGAAGAGUCGGAAACGUCUGGGCAAUUAUUGGAGGAGAAAUUAGAAGAAGUAGCUCCUGCCAUUUUACCUACUCCUCCCAAAAAAACAGUCCUCCAAAGCAGCAGUGAUAUUGGAAACCUCAGAAAGGAACGCUUGAAUAAAAGAAAGAAAGUUGAUGUUCCACUUGAGUCCUUAGUAGCUACAUGUAGCUCAGUGGGUCAGAGUCUGAAUUCUCUGCUGAAUUCAGAGAUUAAUAAAGAGGACCAUCAUUAA